CCCCUUUUUUCUAGUCUCUUUUACAAUUUGCAUAUCAAAAUUAAUUCCAUUUCCUAAAUAUUUAUGUCCUACUACUCUUUUUCCCACCUUCCCCUUUAUCUUCUUGCAGACAACCUACAUCUAUUUGGAUCUUUCUUACCCAACAAUGACAAAAACCUAAUAAUUCUAGUGAAAUUAAUUCUUUUUGACCCCCAUUCUAAUUUUCAAAAACAACCCAUUUGUUCCUUUUCCUAAAUUCAAAAGACCUACCUUUUUGUUUUUUUUACAAAGUAGUAGUAUAAGAGUUAUUGGAUUGAUAAAAAUGUUGGGUGAUCUUUUUAGCUUCAGUUUAUCAAUCUUUUGAUUGUUGUGUUAUUGAUUUGAAGAAUAUCCAAGGUGUAUAUAUUGUUGCUGCCUUGUGAAUGGGGAGAGACAUUUGGGAGGGUUUGAGAAGGGGACAGUUGCAAACUGGGUUAUAUUAGCUGUUGAUUGCAGUCAUAUUUGUAAUGUUUGUUGAUAGAGAUAUUGUUGAAGAUGGCCUUCGCCAGGAUAUGGAGUCUCUGAGUGUAUCUAAAAAGCUAGUUAGAACUGUCAGCCAGAAAUUAAGGAAGAAGAGGAUUCACAGAAGUGCUGGGGAUGAAGAGGAAACUACUAAUGGAUUUUCUUUGAGAUGUCUCGCCCUGUAUGGACGAGGUGGAGGAUGCAAAGUAGGUGCUGACACCGGUGAAGAGGUUGGAGAUUCGAGUAAUAGGAGGAGGUCAAGUGCUAGUGAAGAUGGAAAAGGAUAUAAACCCACGUGCGGGGCUGAGGAAACAGGAGUGGACUGCUUCUCAUAUGGAAGGAAGGAUCGGUUUUGGAAGCGAAAUAAUCGUAAGGAAUUAGAAUUCGACGAAUCACAAAGAAAUGGUAGAAUGAAUCUUUCACUUCCGGAUGAUAUUUUAGAAAUGUGUUUGAUGAGGCUUCCUUUGUCAAGUCUCAUGAAUGCUCGUCUUGUGUGCAAGAAAUGGAAUUACUUGACAACUACUCCUCGAUUUAUGCAAAUGCGAAGCGAAGGUCUUUAUCAGACUCCCUGGAUAUUUGUAUUUGGUGCUGUUAAGGAUGGUUACUGCUCUGGUGAAAUACAUGUGCUUGAUGUUUCCCUUAAGCAAUCGCAUACCGUAAAUGCAGAAGUUCUCAGAGGACGGUUCAUGUAUUCUGUUGCCAGCAUGCGAGAUGAGAUAUUUGUUGUUGGAGGGUGUUCUAGCCUGACUAGUUUUGGAAGUGUAGAUAGAAGUUCAUUCAAGACACAUAAGAGCGUGUUGGUGUUUAGCCCGUCCACAAAAUCUUGGCGUAAAGUAGCUUCCAUGAAGUAUGCUAGAUCUUCUCCUGUUCUUGGGAUUGCUGAGGUGAGCGCAGAUUGUCCUGUUAUUCACAGUCAAUCAAACCGGCAAGAUAGGCGCCUUUCUAGAUCAAGGCUUGGUGGGGUCUCUGAUGUGUAUGAAGAUCCCCACCGACUUUCAGUCAGACGACAGCUCCGAAGCUUGUCCGAUGAAAAUGCCAGUUUUUUGUCUCCAAUUAAAAACCAAUGCAGGCCUUUGAAACAAAGAAGUGAGACUUCAAGCGUAAGGGACGGUAAGAGGUUUGUGCUGAUAGCUAUUGGUGGUCUUGGUUCUUGGGACGAGCAUGUUGAUUCCAGUGAGCUAUACGACUCUGUAUCAAACAAAUGGACUGAAAUCCAAAAACUUCCUGUGGAUUUUGGCAUUGUUUGUUCUGGAGUUGUUUGUAAUGGGACAUUCAUAGUAUAUUCAGAAUCUGAUAAACUAGCUGGCUAUGACAUAAAAAGGGGAUACUGGAACAUCAUCCAAACCACUCCCACACCCCCUCGUGUCCAUGAAUAUUACCCUAAACUUGUCUCAUGCAAUAGCCGUUUGUUCAUGCUUUCUGUCUCUUGGUGUGAAGGAGAUGGUCAAAUAGGUAGGAGAAACAAGGCCAUCCGAAAGAUGUGGGAGCUCGACCUUAUGUAUCUUGCUUGGACCGAGGUAUCAAUCCAUCCCGAUGCCCCAAUGGAUUGGAAUGCUGCAUUUGUUGCUGAUAAAAAUCUCAUCUUUGGAGUUGAAAUGUUCAAAAUAUUUGGACAAGUGUUGGACUUCUUUACCGUCUGCGAUGUAUCAGAUAAGUUUGUGAAGUGGAGUCAUAUAUCAAGGAACCGCGUAGCUCAUGAACUUGAUGCAUCCUCAUGCGUGACUAAAACUAUGGUGGCUGUUCAUCUCUGAACCCCUUGUUUAGUUCACUCUAAAACCCAUAAAUUUGUGUGCCAACUGGCCUAUAUUAGCUUGUUUUUGGAAGUCUUGGACAUCCUGUUGACGAAUUUUUCGCGUGCUUAAUACACCUUGCUCUAUGUUACUCGGACUCGUUUCUCGAUGCCAGACACGCAACAACAUACAUUUGUCCAAGUGAUAUAUACCAGUACUUGAGAUGACAUUAAGAAGUCCGAAUAACAUAGAUGUUACUAAGUUACUAACAUGCCCAUGGACUGUGAUUGAAGUAUCUUUUAGUCUGAUCAACACACUCAGAUGUACCAUUUUUUUUAAAAAAAAUUAAUUUAUAUUCUGUUUCCAGUUUACACCAAACAAGCUUGAACUGGAUCCAUGUAUGAAUGAUACAUUUUUAGUUAAUUUUGAUUGUUAAUGUGAAAACAGGAAAUUUUGUGAUCA